UCACUGAUGGCUGUGGCAGUUAAUCCAAGAUCCUGGUUCCUGAGUUUGAUAGAAGCAGGAUUUAGCCAUGGCCAUGAUAUCAACACCUGUCAGGAUGCUGCAGUUAUCUUCCAAACACACACAGAGCAACUGCACAGGAAUACUGUACAUUUCCGUUCUGCUAAAAGAGGGUAAAGACCUACCCGGAAUCCAGAUUUGUGUAAUGGGGAAGACAGGCAGUAAAGUCCUGAGAGAGAUGUCUAUGGAUGGAGUUCAGCCUCAGCAGCCUUCCCCGGCUGCUGCUAUAGAGGGACUCACCAAGACCAAGAAGAUGAAGGUGAAGUGGACUCAGCUGGGCAUGGUGUUCUUCCUGUUGCUCUCUCUGGUCAUGACAGGAUGCUUCCUCUGGCAGUACCAGAUCCCAAAGUUACUGCCAAAUGAGAGCAUGGGAGGCAAUGCCAAAUCAGAACGGAUGUGCCCACGCUUCCCUGAGCCUCUCCCCCUAGAGCACCCUAUCCCUACUCUGAAAGAGGCACUGGAAAAGGUGGACACACUGCUGCGCCAAAUCAUCAAUCCUACUAGUCUUCCCUCUUUGUCGGCCAUUGUGAUUUUCAACAACACCGUUCUGUGGACUGGUAACUUUGGCAAGAGGAACAGAAGUGACCCACUCUCAGCUCCUCCCAAUGAGUACACCAUAUACAGGAUUGCCAGCCUUUCCAAGAUCUUCCCAACGCUGAUGCUGUACAGGCUGUGGGACGAUGGGAAGAUAACCUCUCUGGAUGACCCUCUGGAGAAAUAUGUGGAUAACUUCACCAUUAAAAACCCUCUGGGCAAGUCACGGGACUCUGAGCUCAAGUACGUGACAGACGGCCUGAUCUUCCUGGAUAGUGGAGAGGUUCAGAUCCGCUCCUCCUCUGUCACUCUGCGCAGGAUGGCCAGCCAGCUCUCAGGUCUACCCAGAAGACUAAGAGCCACUAACCUGCUGUGGAAGGGGAAAACACAGGCUGCAGUGAAUCUGCUGCAAGAUGAUGUCCUUGUUGCAGACCCUGGCACCAAAUGCCACUACAGUAACCUAGCCUUUUCCUUACUGGCCCACGUCAUGGCUGAGAAGGUGGUGGGCCUGGACUACCAGCGCUGGAUCAAUGAUAACAUCCUGGACCGGCUGGGGAUGGAGGACACAGGCUUUGACUACACCCCAGGGAUCCAAAGCCAGAUGGCUGUGGGCGUCUACUCCAGUGGCCAGCCAGCCCCUCUGUAUGACCUGGGCUGGUACCGCCCCUCAGGCCAGAUGUUCUCCACUGCCGCUGACCUUGCCAAGCUGGCCAUGAUGCUGCUGGGGGCCUACCACCGCAAGCUCCUGGAGCCCGACACCCUGAAGAUCAUGCUGACCCCACUGUACCGCUGUGAUAAGGACUACUUUGCCAACCGCACCGGGACGCCUUGGGAGGUUAAUGAGCAGCUGGGCUACGAGGUGCUGCGUAAAGACGGAGACCUGGAUGGCUACUCAGCCACCUUCUCACUGGUGCCCAGGCUCAAGCUGGGCCUGGUGGUGCUCAUGGCUGGCACCAGACCUCAGAACCAGGAGGUGGUGGCCAAAACUUACAGUCACAUCAUACCCGCCAUGGAGAGGGUGUUCCGGGAGGCCAAAAAGAUCCUCAUCCGUCCCCCUAUUCCAGACCCUUACAUAGGCUUCUUCACUUAUGGAAACAUCACCUUCUAUGAGAUCAAAGCUGGGGCAGACGGUGUUCUGAUCAUGCAGCAGUUUGGUCCCCAGAUUGAGGACCUGAUCCCAGAGAAAUAUCGGACAAUCAAGCUGAACUACCUGGUAGACAGGGUGUUCAGGGUGGUGUUUGAGAAGGAGUACCCCUGUGUUUUGCGGGUCAGCACUGCCUCAGUCUCCCUUGAGGCCCAAGACGGGCAGCUCUUUAACUUUUAUGUGUUUGACAAGCGUGGUCUGUCCCCUGGCUUCGAUGCACCAGGACUGAAUACAUACAAUGUGAUCCGGAUAGCCCGUAGGCCGACUUUCUCAAACUAACUGAACUCAUACAACGGAAAGGCACAUGUACAUGCUGAAUGAAGGUCCUUUUUGGGUCUGUAGCAUAUAUUUAAUAGGGAUACUCUGAAAUUAAAGAAAACAUUGCUGUCAGACAGUGAGUAGACUGUAUCAUGAUGAAUUGCAAAAGAAGGCACACAGACAGAUUUCUUCUUUUUUUUACCCAUUGACAUCAAAGUUUUUGAUUUCUGUGUCAAAUAAUGGCAUUGCAAAUAUCCAUCCUUUUUAAACAGUUGAUAACCUGACCUUAAACAUACACUACAUGAGCAAAGGUAUGUGGACACCUGCUUGUCGAAGAUCUCAUUCCAAAAUCAUGGGCUAUAACAUGGAGUUGGUCCCCUCUUUGCUACUAUAACAGCCUCCACUCGUCUGAGAAGGCUUUCAAAUAGAUGUUGGAACAUUGCUGCAGGGACAUGCCACAAGAGCAUUAGUGAGGUUGAGCACUGAUGUUUGGCAAUUAGGCCUGGCUCCCAUUGGGCAUUCCAAUUCAUCCCAAAGGCGUUCGAUAGGGUUGAGGUCAGGGCUCUGUGUAGGCCAGUCAAGUUCUUCCACACCGAUCUCGAAAAACCAUUUCUGUACGGACCUUGCUUUGUGCAUGGUGGCAUUGGCAUGCUGAAACAGGAAAGGGCCUUCCUCAAAGUUAUACAGUACCAGUCAAAAGUUUGGAGACACGUACUCAAGGGUUUUUCUUUAUUUUUACCAUUUUCUACAUUGUAGAAU